AUGCAACGCAGUUUACGCGGUCGAACAGAUAUCGAGAACACUGAAGAUGAUCAAUCAAAUGUUUCAAAUACUCAAUCGACUGUUAUACAACAACAGACGGUAACAACAAAAACUGUGAUCCAGAAAACAGAAGUACCAAAAUCGUUAUUAAGUUUUGGUGAUGAUGAAGGUGAUACAGAAGAAUUUAAAGUUAAUAAAACACGUGAAAGUCGUAAAAUGGCAAAAGAAGUUAAAAAACAACAACAAUUGCAAAGUUCAUCGAUUGAUUCAAAACCGAAUGUAGUUAUACAACAAAUAACAACAACGACAAAAGUUGUUGAAGAAACAAUAACACAUAAAGAAGAAAAUAAUAAUAUUGGAGAAAUUGAAAUAAAAUUCAAGCCUCUUCAAAUUAUUGGAAAUAAAUCUUCAACAAAUUCAUUUUCAAGUUCAAAUCCUGAUUUACAGCGUCUUCGAAAAGAAAUGAAAGUUCUCAAUGAACCAGAAGGAGAUAUUCCUGAUUUAGAUGAUAUUCAAGGAAUUUUGGAAGGAAAUGAUGAUGAUAAUGAUAGUACACUUGAUGAUACACAACGUUCAGUUAAAGUUAUGUUAAGAAGUGGAGUCAUUCCUGAUUCGACUAUGAUACAUGCAGCACGUAAACGACGUCAAAUGGCUCGAGAAAUGGGUGUACCCGGCGAUUAUAUGUCACUAAAUACUGCUGCUGAAAAUGGAAAUGAUCGAUUAUCAAAUCGAAAAUCACGUUUAGUACGUGAUGAUGAAAAUGAUGUUAGUGAUGAUAGUGGUAAUGAAGAUCCACAUAUCGUUAAUAUGGACAGAAAUAAAACAAGAGCUGAAAAUGAACGUCAAAAAAAUCGAGAUCGAUUUUUAGAAUUAGAACAAGGAAGUGAUAAUGACGAAGAUGAAGAAGAAUUUCGUCGCUUUGAACAUGAACAAAUUCGCAAAGGUCUUUCUCAAUCACAAACAGAAAAUUCUUCAUCAUCGCUAGUUGAACCACAACCAAUGGAAGUUGAAAUAACACGAGAAUUACCUCCACUUGAAUUACCACAUAUUACAUUUGAUCAUAUUCGAGAUCGUUUACAUGAUUCUUUAAAAUCAAUAACAGAAUUAAACGAAAAGCAUAAAAUUGAUUAUGAAAAAACAAACCAAGCAUAUGAAGCUAGUCAAAUAUCAUUACAACAAAAUACAAUUGAUUAUCCACAAAUGGAAAAAUCUUAUCAAUUUUAUCAACGUUGUCGUGCUUAUAUAUAUUCAUUUCUUGAAUGCUAUAAUGAAAAAAUGGUAACUAUUAUUAAGCUUGAAGAACGUUGGUUACAAUUAUAUAAACAAAGAACUGAUAUGAUUGUAACACGUCGACAAGAAGAUUUUAAAGAUCAAUGUCAUGAAUAUUCAAUACAGAAAGCAACAGCAUUUAUUAAUGGUACAUUAACAACAAAUGAUUUUCGAACAGUUCUUGAUCAAAAAGGGCAACGUCGCACAACUGAACGUGAAGCUCGACGACUACGAAGAAGAAAAGAUCGUGAACAAACAUCUACGCAACAUUUUGAUGGAAUGUCAACAGAUGAUGAAGAAAAUCAAUCAGAUAUUAAUUUAUUUUUAAAACAAAAACAAGAAAUUGUCAAUGAAGCUGAACAUUUACUUGAUGAUGUUUCGGAUGAAUUUUCUCAAUAUAGAAAUAUUAAAACAAUAUUUGAACAGUGGAAAUAUCAACAAAAUGAAACAUAUACAGAUGCUUUUAUUGAAAUAUGUUUACCAAAAGUAUUUUCACCAUUAAUACGACGAGAAAUGAUUGAUUGGAAACCAUUUGAAGCAUCUUGUCGAGCUCUUGAAGAUUAUAAUUGGUAUCAAGAUUUAUUAUUUUAUGCUGUAAAAGACGGACGUAAUGAAGAUGAAGAUUUUCAACUUAUACCAUUAACUAUUGAAAAAGUUAUCAUACCCAAAUUAACAAUUAUCAUUGAAAAUAUAUACGAUCCAUUAUCAUUAAAACAAACAACAAAUCUUGUUAAAACAAUUGAAAAUAUAUUUCAAACAUAUCCAACAAUGACUGAUGAUAGUAAAAAUGUUCAAAACUUACUCAAAGCUAUUGUUGAUCGUUUACAACGUUCAUUAGAUGAUGAUAUUUAUAUACCAUUAUAUCCAAAAGAAAUUAUUGCUCUUGGUUCAUCAAGAACAUCAUCAAAUAAUUCAGCAAUAAUAGCAACAGAAUUUUUCUUUCGUCAAUAUUGGAUAUGUGUUAAAUUAUUAGGUAAUAUAACAUUAUGGUCACAAAUUCUUUCAUUAAAAGCUAUACUCGAUUUAUCAAUUGAUGGCCUUUUAAAUCGUUAUAUAUUAGUAGCAUUAAAAAAUAUGGAUUUAACAUCAAAUGAAAUGAUAACACGUUGUCUUUUAUUAGCAAAAUGUUUUCCAAUAAAACAAUGGUUUGAUAAUAAUAAAAUAAUUCUUCAAAAUCAAUUAGCAGAUACAACAUUACCAGCAUUAGAAAACUUUUGUCUAUUUUUAAAACAACUUGCACAAGAAUAUUCAACACAAAUUUUUAGUGCAAAUGAUAAAGAUAUAAAAAUGUAUAAAGAAAAUAUUCGUCAAAUUCGUGUUAUUUUUGUUCAUCUUCAUGCACUGGACUAUGCUCUUGAACUUACAAAUAAAUAUGAGAUUAAAUAA